AUGCUGCACAAGCUGCUCUACUUAGGAAUUUCGCUGGCCAUUCUGGUGGCAUUUGGCCAGGCCGACUGCAAUGUCUGCUCGGCGGAUGGCAAGGCAGCCUGUGUGUCCAAAACUCAGUACCAAAACUGCACGGCGGACGCUAUUCCGACUGGACCAGUCUACACCUGUCCAAAAAACACCUACUGUACGGCAUUGGAGGAGCGCUGCACCUCCAAUGAGGCCUUAGUCGCCUGUAGUGAUUGCAAAAAGUGUGAUGCAGUUACUCCAUUCACCUGUACAAGUCCCACAACUUUCGGACUUUGCGACGGUGUAAAUAUAGUAGCCAACAUCGAGUAUCCCUGUGAGACAGGGGAAGUGUGUGUUGCAAAUAUCGGUAGUCCUUGUGUGCCCUCUAUAAAUGGCACAGGCGCCACUUGUUCUUAUUAUGAUGCAACCAACGUAAUCGGUGACUUUUGCACUCUGAAGGCUUCUACGGGUCGCUAUCCAUAUCCCGAUGAUUCCAGCUGUCUCAGAUAUAUUUAUUGCUUCCGCAAGAAUUCAACCUGGACUGGAAAUACCUGGCAAUGCCCUACAGCUAAACCUUAUUUUAGUGCUAUCACUUUUAGCUGUAUCAAGGCGAAACCUUCCACUUGUACAUAA